AUGAUUCUAACCUAUGAUUCCAUAGUCAGGUACGACUUAAUAAGCAAAAAAAGUGUCAAAAUCCCGCGAAAUGGGUGUGACAUUGGCUAUUUUAAAACACGCACUAUCAGCCCUGAUAAAGCAUAUUGUGCAACUGGUGGGACUUCCCACAAAGUGUUCCUAUGGGAUAUUAAAACCAUGAAAAAGGUCAGGGAAUUCAAAGGAAGCGAAAGUUAUAUUAGCGAAAUUAUUUUAUUGCCGUCUUCCAAUGUGAUUGCUGCUGGAAACUACACUGGGUCUGUUUAUUUUUGGGACAUUUCUACUGGUGAAUUUGCAAUCUCACCUCUUAAAGGAGAAAAAGACCAAGAAGUAAUAAGUUUAAGCACUUUUCAAAAUGAAGAAAAUGUGGUGAUUGGAAGUGAAUCGGGCUCAAUAUUCGUAUAUAAUUGGAAAACAAGAGGAUUACUAGCGAGAUUUAAGGCUGGAGGAAGAAUUAAUAAAAUUCACAUAUUAAAAGAUCAGAAAAAUAUGAUUGUUGCCACUAAAGAAGGCAAAAUCACUUUUUGGUGCCUUAUUACAUACAAUCAGCUGUUUCAUUAUGACAUUAAGCAGGAGAUAGAAUAUUUUCAACUAACAGCUGAUGAAAAAUACUUAGCCUAUAUGAUAAUGAAAAAUAUGAUAAAGAAAAAGGAAGAAAAAGAAAAAGAUGAAAAAACGAAGUGUGAUGCUGAUAAUUUGUUUAUUAUGAAAAAUCCACUUGCAAAUGACGUUGUAGCAGUUGCCGAGCCUUACAGCGAGUUUUCUUAUAUAGAAUAUGUGAUGGACCUCAUAAAUAAUAAGGGAAAGCAGUAUAAACCAGAGAACGAUCAAUGGAUUAUAAUGCCAUAUAGAAUCAAUACUCUUCAUCUUUAUUCUUACUUCAACCAUCCAAAUCUGCUCAAAUUAGCUCUUGAUGGUGGAGGCUCACUAUUCAAUACCAAUUUCGGUGAAAAUGCUCUAUCUUUUGCUAUUAAAAAGCAGUUUUCAGGCUGUGUGAGUGUCGUAGUAUCCUCUUUUGGAAAAAUUUUAAAAGGAAAUUCUAAUGCCCUUAAUUUCAUAUCCAACGAUUGCAUUAUUGGGCUUAAUAAGCUUGGCUAUCCUUUUUUAACCAAGUUUUAUAAAAUAAUCUAUACUCCUUAUACAGGAAAAUUCGUUAAGUUUGUUGACGAAUCAUUGCAAACCCCUAUUUAUUAUCGCUCAAAAGAAAUUUAUCCAAUAGAAUCAAAUUUCGGGCUGGGAGAGGAGAAAAAAACUCAAGGCAAGCCUGUGACAUGCAUGCUAACUUCUUUGCCGCUUCCAUUAACUAAUGGUUCUGAAGAGAGCACUAAGUUCUUGGACAGUCUUGAAGGGUGUCCGAAUUCCGCUAUUUUUACGACUAAAUUUAUACAAGAUAUAUUAGAUCAUAAGUGGGAAAACCUUAAAUGGGCUAUGUACUGGCAAGUUAUCAUAUAUACCAUCUAUAUGGUUUUGUUGUCGGUUUAUCUGCUAUAUUUUAUAGGAGAACAGUUGCCUUUGAUAAUUAUUUUUAUUUUCAGCAUGCUGCUGUCUGCCUAUGAAGUAUUUCAGUUUGCCACAUCACCUUCCGAGUAUAUAGAGGAUAUCUGGAAUUAUAUAGAUGCGAUUAGAACUAUAUUGACAACAGUCUACACAUGCCUUAAUUGGGCAGAGAAGGCAAA